AAAAUACACAGUUCUUGAACCAGUGGCAAUGGCUUCUUCUAUACCCAACUCCCCGUGGCUUUGCCCUCUAAAACCCACAAAAACAACUCCAUCUUGUCUCUAUUUAAACCCCAGAAGCUCAACAUUCAAACCCAUCAACUCUUCUUCAUCAUCUGACAAUUCUUCAGAGCCCAAAAAACCAGUUCUUGAUCCUGUAAAACUUGCAUUCGAGAAAGCUAAGUCUUACAAGAACUCAAAAACCAACACCAACCCAGUUGUUAUUCAAGGGCCAGAUGGUGGUUCUGAUGAUUUAGUGGGUACAAAUGACUCUUCAUUAUCAUCUGAUAAACCUUUGGAACCCCCGGUUCUUGAUCCUGUCAAACUUGCAUUUGAGAAAUCGAAGGCAUACAAGGACUUAAAAACAAAUGCGAAGCCACUAAGUAAUCAACAGCCAGCUGAUGAUGCAGUGAAAAAAACUGGAGGGUCAGAGUUGAGAGGUGCUAGUGUUGAGGGUAAAGAGGGUUCUGAUGCUUUUAAAGUUGCAAUGGAGAAAGCAAAAGAUUACGGAAGGACUAAAGGGGGGUUGACGGAGAGUAAAGGAGCGGGAAGUGGUGAUGGAAUUUCAGUGCUAAAGUUUUCAGGAUCCAGAGAAAAAAGUGAAAGUCCAACGGUUGAGGAAAGAGCUAAUAAUAAGAAGAAAAUGACUGUUUCGAGCAUUGAUUUUGUGGGUCUCAACUUUUCGGAUAAAAGAAGUAGCAGGGGACUACCACCAGGUUUGGUUCCUACUGUAGACCCUUUUUCUGACACAGAUGAGGUGGAGAUAAUAGUAGGAGAUACUAGCAAGUUCGAAGGUACAACAAGAUCAAAUCCGGCGACUGUGGAUGAAAAUCAGGAUGUCUAUAAGCCAAAGGUUUCUACAUGGGGAGUUUUCCCUAGGCCUAGUAACAUCUCAAAAACAUAUGGUGGUGAAAAAGUAAUACGUCCCGGUGAGGCUCUUGAGACUGCAGAGGAGAAGGCUUCCAAAGAAGCUCGUACAAGACAACUACUUGCUGCUUAUAAGAAGAAAGUUGGCUUAAACAUUGACCCCAAAUUAAAAUCUGAAUGUCAGAAGGUAUUGAAUGAUGGGGACUUACUGAUGGAUCGAGGAAUGCUUGAGGAAGCUUUGCCGUUUUAUGAAAGGGUAAUGGAAAAGUUGCCAUUUCAGACUGAACUUCAUGGUUUAGCUGCUCUUCAGUGGUCUAUAUGUCAAGAUUCACUUACUAGGGUGAACGAGGCCCGUGUAAUGUAUGAAAAGCUUCAAUCUCAUCCAAAUCCUAAAGUGAGCAAGCAAGCAAGAAAUUUCGUGUUUGGCUUCCAGGCCAUGGAAAUGCUAAAGGUUCGAAAAUCGACGCCUUCUCCGACAAGCACAGGUUACCAAAAUUAUUUCGAUGCUUUUGUCAAAGAUAAAAGUACAGUCUCCCUAGAAGAGACGGAAGCUAAUGAAGGUGCAUUUAGCGAAGUCCUUCCUUAUAUGGUUUUCUUAUGUUGUCCUAUAUUGAUAGUCUUAGUAAUUGCUGUACAGAAAGGGAUCUGAAUUGAAAUUUUAUUAAUAUCACCUAGGAUGUAAUUAACAUUUUCCUUUUGUAUACAGUCAGAGCUUAUCAGAUACAUGAAAUAUAGCGAGUAAAUAUUGAUUAAGGUUGUAAAGGCCGUCGAUGUUCUUCAUUUGUAAUAUCAUGGUAUCUAUGCUUCCCCGGA